UUCACAACAGCGCCUCCUGGUGUCUGUAGGGCGAAUGUAAUCGGGCAGCACUGUGUAACAUCAGUUUGAAGAUGGCGGAGGGUGAAUUGAACGUGGACAGUCUUAUCUCUCGGCUGCUGGAAGUGCGGGGCUGUCGCCCAGGGAAGAUAGUCCAGAUGACUGAGGCAGAGGUGCGGGGCCUCUGCAUCAAAUCCAGGGAGAUCUUCCUCAGCCAGCCCAUCCUGCUGGAGCUUGAGGCGCCUCUGAAGAUUUGUGGUGAUAUCCAUGGGCAGUACACAGAUCUACUGAGGCUGUUUGAAUAUGGGGGCUUCCCUCCAGAGGCAAACUACUUGUUCCUGGGCGACUAUGUGGACAGAGGGAAACAGUCCCUGGAAACCAUCUGCCUUCUGCUGGCCUACAAGAUCAAAUACCCAGAGAACUUUUUCCUGCUCAGGGGCAACCAUGAGUGUGCUUCCAUCAACCGCAUCUAUGGGUUCUACGAUGAGUGUAAGCGCAGGUUCAACAUUAAGUUGUGGAAGACCUUCACUGACUGUUUUAACUGCCUCCCCAUUGCUGCUAUUAUUGAUGAGAAGAUCUUCUGCUGCCAUGGAGGACUAUCACCUGAUUUGCAGUCAAUGGAGCAGAUUCGCAGGAUCAUGAGACCAACAGACGUGCCUGAUACAGGCUUGUUGUGUGACCUGUUGUGGUCAGACCCAGAUAAAGAUGUACAAGGCUGGGGAGAGAACGACCGCGGGGUCUCCUUUACCUUUGGGGCCGACGUGGUCAGCAAGUUCCUUAACCGGCAUGACCUGGACCUCAUCUGCAGGGCCCAUCAGGUUGUGGAGGAUGGAUACGAGUUCUUUGCCAAACGCCAACUGGUCACACUUUUCUCUGCUCCCAACUACUGCGGGGAGUUUGACAAUGCAGGCGGCAUGAUGAGCGUUGAUGAAUCCCUCAUGUGCUCCUUCCAGAUCCUAAAGCCCUCAGAGAAGAAGGCCAAGUACCAAUAUGGUGGUGUAAAUUCUGGUCGUCCUGUAACUCCACCCCGCACCACCCAAGCCCCCAAAAAGAGGUGAAUGUACAGCGUUGCCUCCCCCCUUCCUUAUCACCCUGUCUAUUCUUGGUCUGCCAACAUGGCAACCCCUGUAACUCCCCUAUGUAGUGAAGAUACAGGGCUUAUUUAAUUGCCCAAAUCUCCUCUUUCGUCCCCACUCACCCACGCCCUCCCCCACUCCACUGACAGCUCUUUUCUUAAUGUGUAUGUGUACAUAAACUUGCUGUGACCAAUCUGUUUUUUUUUGCCUGUUUAUUGGUAUUUUUUGUAUUAUUAACAAAUAAUCUUUUUGGUGGUUUUACCUCCAGUGCUAUUAAUAAAGGUUUCCUGAAGUUCUGUGUUGUGCAAGAAAAUGCCUUCUCUGUGUAGAGGGGCAAGGUUAGAGAGAUUCUUGUUCAGUUUAACUAACACUUAACAUUGGUUGAACAUUGAUUUGCCUUGACCUCUCAAAAAGCAGAGGGAAUCCUUCCAGUGUAUUUAAAUAAGACUGAGAUUUUCUGUGCAAUGCUAAAUCCGUAGAUACAAAUAACAUCUCUCAUAUUUGAGUUUAACAAUUUAAACCCAAUAUAGCAUGUGCAGUGCACUUUGCGGUUGUUUUGCACAAGCACAUUUUAUAUAUUUAACUACUGAAAAAGUGCACCUCCCCAUGAGUGGCCAUGAAUGUGAGGAGACCAGCUUGAAUGAAAUAUAGAGGCUAAAUUGAUGCUGCUGGCACUGGACACGCUCUACCCGCUAACACAACGCCCUCUGGGCAUCGAUUCCUCCACUCUGUUCUGCUUCCCUGUUCCUCGACUCCACACCCACAUAAAAACACACUGCUUCUCACACAGAGCUGGUAUUGACAUUUUCCUGAGUCUGAAUUCUUAUGGGGAAAUUAUCUUGAUGGCAACAAACUAAUCUCUUGAAUUCUAAAGAAUUCUCUUGAUUUAGGUUGAAAUAUUAUUUAGGGUUUAUGCUCAUGAAAAUUUUAUUCCAGCCAAAAGAUUUUGAAUAGUAUGAGACACUUAUGAUCAGUGUUAAAUGAUGUACUAAGAGUGCUUACAGAAUUGUGCUUUACUAAUCUGAGCCUUUAUAUGAAGGGGCAAGUUAGGAUAAGAAAUGUGGAACAGCCCUGUCAGUGUCUUGAUUUGCAGUUUUAAAAAAAAAAGACCAAUUAGUAAAAAUAAAUGCAAAGGAAGUCGCUAAAAUGCUCCACAGUAUUUGAUUAGUUUAGUACUGUGUUUAUUGAGCGUACAGCAGACAAAUAAAAUUAAUAGGAUUGCUUUUGGAGUCUUUGCUGUGAAAUGCUAGCCGUCCUUCUUUUAUGUCAUCCAGUCUAUU